GGUUUAUUCUGUCUUACUCAAAAACAAAUUGAUUUUGGCUAUACUACUUCAACUUCAAGAUGGUGAUUCCAGACGAGGUUGAUAUCAUCGUGUGCGGUGGUGGAUCAUGUGGUUGUGUCGUCGCCGGCCGAUUGGCCAACCUGGACCACAAGCUCCAAGUCCUCUUGAUCGAGGGUGGAGAGAACAACUUGAACAACCCAUGGGUCUUUCGUCCGGGUAUCUACCCGAGGAACAUGAAGUUGGACAGCAAGACUGCCUCCUUCUACUACUCUCGCCCAUCGGAAUGGCUCGACGGACGCCGAGCUGUCGUUCCUUGUGCACACAUUCUUGGCGGUGGAUCUUCCAUCAACUUCAUGAUGUACACCCGCGCUUCGGCCUCCGACUAUGACGACUUCCAGGCCAAGGGCUGGACUACCAAGGAACUGCUUCCUCUUAUGAAGAAGCAUGAGACCUACCAGCGCUCAUGCAACAACCGCGAUCUCCACGGCUUCGAGGGACCCAUCAAGGUAUCGUUCGGCAACUACACAUAUCCUAUCAAGGAAGACUUCCUUCGUGCGGUUGAGACGCAAGGUAUUCCCGUCACGGACGACCUUCAGGACUUGGAGACUGGCCACGGUGCUGAGCAUUGGCUCAAGUGGAUUAACCGCGACACCGGUCGACGAUCUGACUCUGCGCAUGGUUACAUCCACAGCACACGGUCUGUGCACCAGAAUUUGCAUCUGUUGACUAGCAACAAGGUCGACAAGGUCAUUCUCGAAGGCGACCGCGCUGUAGGCGUCAAGGUCGUGCCAACCAAGCACCUUUCAAACUCAGAAGUUCCGUCCCGCAUCAUCAGGGCUCGCAAGCAGAUCAUUGUAUCUGGUGGAACUCUUAGUUCGCCUCUCAUUUUGCAGCGCUCAGGUAUCGGUGACCCAGAGAAGCUCCGCAAGGUUGGCGUCAAGCCGCUUGUGGACCUGCCUGGUGUUGGACUCAACUUCCAAGACCACUACCUUACGUUCGCCACGUAUCGCGCGAAGCCACACGUCGAGUCUUUCGAUGACUUUGCACGUGGUGACCCGGCGGUCCAGGAGCGCGUCUUCAACCAAUGGAACAUAAACGGCACUGGUCCACUCGCCACCAACGGCAUCGAAGCCGGCGUCAAGAUCCGCCCCACGGAAGAAGAACUCAAGAUGAUGGAUAGCUGGCCGUGCCCCGAGUUCCGCUCGGGCUGGGACAGCUACUUCAAGAACAAGCCCGACAAGCCUGUGAUGCACUACUCUGUCAUUGCCGGCUGGUUCGGCGACCACAUGGUAAUGCCCCCUGGCAAGUUCUUCACCAUGUUCCAUUUUCUCGAGUACCCCUUCUCGCGCGGCAGCACGCACAUUGUGUCGCCCAACCCGUACGAAGCGCCCGACUUCGACGCCGGCUUCAUGAACGACAAGCGUGACAUGGCGCCCAUGGUCUGGGGCUACGUCAAGUCCCGCGAGACGGCGCGCCGCAUGGAUGCGUACGCCGGUGAAGUCCAGGCCAUGCAUCCAUUCUACGCGUUCGACAGCCCUGCGCGCGCGGUGGACAUGGAUCUCGCAACGACCAAUGCGUACGCCCUGCCUGGCAAUGUCACGGCGGGCAUUCAGCAUGGCAGCUGGACGAUGCCGUUGGAGAAGGGCAAGGCGCCCGAGCCCAGCUGGUUGAACUCGAACCAGCAGGAGAUUCACCGCGACCUUCACUACACCAAGGAGGAUAUCGAGCACGUUAUUAACUGGACUAAGCGCCACGUCGAAACUACCUGGCACUCCCUCGGCACGUGCUCCAUGGCUCCCCGCGAGGGCAACUCCAUCGUCAAGCACGGCGUCCUCGACGAGCGCCUGAACGUGCACGGCGUCAAGGGCCUCAAGGUCGCUGACCUGUCCAUCUGCCCCGACAACGUAGGCUGCAACACGUACAGCACCGCGCUGCUCAUUGGCGAGAAGUGCGCUGUCCUAACAGGCGAGGAUCUCGGAUACACAGGUAGCGCGCUGGAUAUGAAGGUUCCAGAGUACCACGCGCCGCGCGAGAUUGUUGGCUUGUCGAGGUUGUAAAUGUUGGUGGUCGUACAGUCACUCAUUGCGAUUGUUGUGUCAGGACGCGUCGUGUAUCGUUUAAAUGAGAAUGUAUCAUGGAUUACAAAA